AUGCAUUCAUUCCCGACACCGGCGGAUGGUGCUGGAGCAGCCUCUAUACUUCAUCAACCGCCGUCGGUGGGCUCUAAUACCAGCUCGUUUGACAACACUUCAACACAAGUACUGCGAACACCGCCGCAGCAGCAUAUUGUUCACACUCCUCCCCAGGGAAUCAAUGCCCAGCCACUAGGAAUAUCACAACAGCAGCAGCAGCAACAGCAGCAACAACAACAAUCACAACAGCAAAGGAGUGUAAAGCGACCAAGGCCAGUCAAGUCUUGUACCGAAUGCCGAAAACGUAAAUUGCGAUGCGACCGACUUCUACCCUGCUCCCAGUGCCAAAAAUCCAGUCGCAUCUGUAAAUAUGCGGCCGACCACGACCCGGCUAACUUGUCAGACGGCUCUGACACUGAACCCGUGGAUACGAAUCGCCCUAAUAAACGAAGCUGCCCUCCCGGUACAACCAAUUCGAACAACGCUUCAAACAAUGAAAUCGCGACAACGCCUGUCAAGAAUGGCGGAUCGCCCGGCAUGCCGAUGCUUGAGGAAUUGACUUUGCGGAUGGACCGGCUAGAGAGGCAUAUGCAAGGCCGUAGUCCUGCACUAACAGACACCAGCGGCGGCAGGAUUUUGUAUGCGGCCACCGACACUGUCAGGGGACUGACAGUCAAACGUGGUGGUACAGCGACUCGAUUCUUUGGCCAACACAACCCACGGGUUAUGCUUAAUGUGUUUCCUGAGGCACGAGCGUACUUAAUGGGGCACCAUCAAAGUCAUGCUUCGGAUAACCUAUUGAGGAGCUUUGGCUUGUUACAUAAACAUCGGCAAGAUGAGCUACACCUCGCUUUGAAACCAAUCACGGUAUUUGUCGAUUCCAUGAUGCCGGUGCAGAAGCGUAUGACAGAUAUCCUCCCCAAAAAGGAUAUAUGCGACCAACUUGUCACCGUGUAUUUCGAUACCUCAGAGUCGAUUUACCGAAUUCUCCAUACGAGAGCUUUUUACGAUGCAUACAACGCGUAUUGGGAUGGUAAAAUGCAGUCUGAGUUCUUCUUGCCACAACUGCUUUGCGUUUUAUCCGUUGCCUCUCGGUUUGAGACAAAGUCGAGAGGAAUGGGCCACGAACGCAGUGAGGGAGUUCAUAUUCCAACUGCAUGUGCUCUGGUACAAAGCUGGCUUGAUAGUCUCAAAGGAAAGCAGCUCGUCGACAUCAAUACUGUCCAAGUGCAAAUUCUACUGAUACAUGCAUCAAGAAUGAUCACGCCUCGACUACAAGACUCGUGGAACAAGCUUGGGUAUGUCUUACGGCUUGCGAUGAGCAUGGGCAUGCAUCGAGAUCCUUCUGAGAGCGACCAGCGCAUCCCAGUCUUCUGGGGAGAGAUACGGCGGAGGCUGUGGUUUACCUUGGCAGACAUGGACCUGCAUAUGUCGAUCGCCUGCAAUAUGCCUUCCCUGCUUCGUGAUGGGGACUUCACCUGCAAGCCGCCCCGAAAUCUCGACGACUCUGAAUUGUUUCCAGGAAUGCAAGAACUCCCUGCUAUGCGACCGAUUGACCAGGUGACCGAUAAUCAAAUGCAGGUAUAUGCCGCUAUAACACUGGCGGUUCGCAUGAGAGUGGCGCCUCUUGUUAAUCGGAUUGAUUCCAUCCGCGACUAUUCAGAAGUUUUGGACAUCGGAACCAAGUUGGAGCGUUUUCUUGAUGACAUCAAUCAUAUAUAUCCACGACAAGGAUCCUAUAGCGCCGCGCAGAAAAGCAAGCAAUGGAGAAGCCGCGUGAUUCUCGAUAUGCAUGUGAGACGGCCGCUUCUAGCGCUCUACCGUCCUCUGGCACUUGGCGCUGCAGAUGUCCCAGCAGAAAUAUCACGAUCAUUUUUGAAGUCGUCGAUGGUGAUAUUGAAAUACCUUGAUGAGUUGGAUCCAAUACAACCCCAAUUUCAUGUCGUGGCAGAGAUGUAUCAUCAAAUUCUAAAGCCAGAUAUCAUCUACUGUUCACUGAGCGUCUGUUACUAUAUCCAGUCCGCUGUCCGCCAGAAUUCGGAUUCGCUAGUGUUUAACCAACAUAGCGGCGCAUGCCUGUCAGGUGGUCAUGGAGAAGACCUUUCACUUGCGUCUGCAGAAACUGUGGUGCCCUGGUCCCCUGCACGCCUGGUUUCCACAGUGCAGGAGAGUCUGGAGCUACUCAUCAAGUAUAUGGGUGGAGGUGAUACCAAGGAUAUAUUAUGUCUGGCCACGAUAUUAGAGACAGUCAAAACUGCCGAGCCCAGUGUUCAAGAGGUGACACGGAACCUGUAUGCUGUGUUAGACAGUUGCCUAAGAUCGUCAAACAUAUCACAGGAAAAGUUUCGGGCUUUUUCUAGUGAUCAAUACGGCACCGAUUCAUACAUGCACGGCCAAAUGACCUACGGAUACGCCAACAGUGUGGGCUCGGGAGGGUCGGCUAACAAUGCUGCGAGCUGGAUUUUAUGGGACGGAUGGGAAUGA